CCACCCACCCACCGCGCUUCCUGAACAUAGAGAGAGAUCGGCGUAGCAGAGAGGAAGUCAUAGGCAUACAUAUGUAACUGAAGGUGCGUCCUUUUCUUCUCCAGGCGCUCGCCCUGGCCGCGAAGACAUGGAGGGGGCUUUGGUGACCGCAGCCACGGGGGUUUUGGGGCCCGUCAUAGCGAAGCUGGCUCAUCUGCUAGGCACUGAGUACAAGCUUCGUCACCGGACGCGGAGCGACAUCAACCUCAUCAAGUCCAAGUGCAAGUCGAUGCACUCUCUCCUUGUGAUGAUAUGGGAGAGGGAGGAUCUUGAUGAGGAAUCCAGGAAGCUGAAGAUGGAAGCAUUGGAUCUUGCUGACGACAUGGAGGACGCUACGGACGACUUCAUACUUGGUAUGGAGCGUAGCGUUAGCAACAAGCACUUGAUUCAGAAGAAGAUCAACAAAAGACCUUUCCAAGAUUUGAAGAAAAGAGCAACGGAUGUGUCACGAAGGUGCCGCCGCAAGUGGAAGCGGAUGACUGCUCAGCCCAUCUGCAGCAUGUUUUCCUUGAAAAAAGCCCAAGGCUCUGCUCCUAUAGCUCCUUAUGUCCGCAGGGAUGCAUCACAGCUCGUGGGUAUGGUUACACCGAAGGGCAAUCUGAUUCGUUACCUGUUACCAGAUCAGUUCGAGCCGCAGUUCCGAAUGGCAUCCAUUGCUGGAAUGGCAGGGAUGGGGAAAACAACCCUUGCCCGCCUUGUGUAUGAGGAGAUUCAAGACAAGUUCCAGGCCCGGGCUUUUGUCUCAGUCACUCCCGGUGGUAACAUGAAAAAGCUGCUCACAAAUAUUCUCCAACAAGUAGCACCUGACAGUAACAGUACUGCAUCAUUUCUUGACACCAAAGCCGCUGCAGAAGAACAUCUUGUUGGCAGAAUAUCUGACUUCCUCAAAGACAGGAGAUACCUAGUAAUGAUUGAUGACAUCUGGCAUUGUGGAGAAUGGGAAACGAUCAGGAAGUGUUUUCCGGAGAAUGAUCUUGGCAGUAGAAUUGUCACGACCAGUCGUAUUGAUUCUGUAGCCCAAAAGUGGCGGGAUGAUACUAAUGCCUUGGUCCACGAAGUGGGUUCUCAAUGGGAUGCACCUGAUAAAUCAACGUGGGAUGAGAAAAGAUCGUUCUACGUUGCAUUUGGUGAUCAUCCUUUUGUGCACGUGUGUGGGGGUAUGCCUUUGGCAAUACAUUGUAUGUUGUCAGCCAAGCUAAAGGAGCGAGAGAAACAAGGGCUCAAUGCGACGGACCGUGAUUUAAGUGAUACGAUUGUGAAGCAAGUUAUACAAAAAGGAAUUCAUAACACACCGGGGCUUGAGCCACUGGUAGAGAGCUUGCAGCUUGACUAUGAUAAUCUUACUGAUCAUAGGUUGAAGACUUGCUUGUUGUACUGCAGUAUGUACCCUGAGGAUCACAAUUUGGAAAUUCAGUACGUGAUCCGGCGGUGGGUUGCUGAAAGAUUUGUGUAUAAAGAGGAAGAAGCAAAAGUUUUGUUUGAAGACCUUGUCAACCGGCGAUUGUUGAUUUUGAUGGAAAGAAAUACAAAAUGUGACAAGUACUACUACAGACUGCACCCCAUGAUGCGAAAUUUCCUGAGAUGGAAAUCGCGCGAAGAUAAUUUCAUUACUUGGAGUUCGGACUUACAACCCUCAGAUACCAGUAGAAUCCGUCGUCUUUUCGUGGACAAUCUGCCAUGCAUGCAUGAUGGAGGGGAGCAAGUGGUUCCCUUGUGUGGAUUCGAAUUGUCUCAUAUUCGGAGCCUUGUUGUUUUGGGGUGUGCCGAGAGAGUCCCCUUUCAGAGGAUGGAACGGCUGCGAGUGCUGGAUGUUGCAGGGAUCUCGGAUCUGCGGGACCAUCAUCUGAAGAAGAAUGUGUGCGGUCUCGUCCGUCUGCGGCACCUGUUGGGCCUCAAUGGUGACGGCAUCACCGAGAUCCCUCCAGAAAUAGCGAGGCUGCAACGUUUGGAGACGUUGGAGGUGUUCAGAACAAAGAUCAAGUGUGUACCCGGUGUGAUUGCAAACCUGGAGCAGUUGAUGACUCUGGCUGUGCCUCGCAACGGAAAUCUGGUAGAGCUCCCUAGGGAGAUAGGGGGUUUGCAGCAAUUGAGGUCCCUGGACACGAGUGAAACAGAGAUUAGGGAGCUGCCCAAGGAUAUUGGGAAACUGCAACGCUUGGAGCAACUACUCUCGAGUGAAACCCAAUGGCUUGAUAAGAUACCAAGGGGGCUCUGGAGGCUGAAGGAACUCAAGGUUCUGAAAUUAGAUGGCACCACAGUCAGUGUACCCUUGGAAGCUUGUCGGGUUCUAAAAUUGGUGGGUGUGGGAAUACCCGAGUGCAUCCACCAAGCUUGGAAGAGAGAUCUGAUGUCUUCUCUAGCUGGGGAGAUGCUAUCCUUCGAAACGUCUUGUUCGGAGGAGCUGUUCGAAGGGGGGCUAGUCGUUGGCGCAAAAAACAUGCACAUCCCAGGUUGGAUCAGAGAGCACUUCAAUGACCUUGCUGUGUUGGAUAUCAGGAUCUGCAUCCUAGAUGAGGGGGGACUAAAGAUUCUACGAGAGAUGCCCAAUCUGCGGAGCCUCACUCUAAGAUUCGAAGUUGUCCCAAGAAAUGCGAUAGCCAUCAGCGGUGAAGGGUUUGCAAAGCUCGAUUACCUCCUUGUUGACAGCCGAGUACCACGUAUUACCUUCCAGGAAGGAGCAAUGCCAAACCUGGAAAUUAUUUACUUCCAGUUCCAGUUCUACACGGGCCCAGUGACUACAAAGCCGAUGGGAAUCAAGCACCUCAGGAGUCUCAGUGAGGUUUACUUUGGUUGCAGUAAGUGGUAUCGAGCGGAGAGCAUCCCUUGCAUCAGUGCCACCAUUAAUGUCGUCAGCAAAGAAGUCCGGGAGCAUCCAAACAUAAUCUACUUCAGCGGCUUUGGUGACAAUGGGGAAUGGUGCACUGAAUUUUCUGGCGCCGAAUCGAUUGGCGAGGAUGAUUACAGCAAGGAGAAGGGUGAGUUUGAGGAGGAUUGCAGCGAUGAGAAUUGCGAGAUUGAGGAGGAGAACAGCGAAGCGAAUUCUCAAGAUACGGAUGAUGAUUGCAGCACUGGGACAAGCGAGGUUAACAAAGAGAGCAGCGGCGGGGUGCGUGAGAUCGUGGAGAACGGCAGGGUGGAACCAAAAAGGAGAUGGAGGAGGAUAGCCAGGCCAAAUUGA